CAUUGAGUGUUGCACUGCAAAUUGAUUAGCUGACCACUUUUUUUUCUAUGUCCCGUCUCAUCUUUCAAAAAUAAAGAACAUUUAAAAUAACAUUUUCUACCUCAACUCAAAAGCCAUGGCUGGGAACUUCUGGCAGAGCUCGCAUUAUCUGCAGUGGGUCCUGGACAAGCAGGACCUGAUGAAGGAGCGUCAGAAGGACAUCAAGUUCAUGUCUGAGGAAGACUACUGGAAACUGCAGAUCUUCUUUGCCAAUGUGAUCCAGGCACUGGGGGAACACCUGAAGCUCCGCCAGCAGGUCAUUGCUACAGCAACCGUCUACUUCAAACGUUUCUAUGCCAGGUACUCCCUGAAGAGUAUAGACCCAGUGCUCAUGGCUCCUACAUGUGUGUUCCUGGCCUCCAAAGUGGAGGAAUUUGGUGUUGUUUCAAACACUCGUCUGAUCUCGGCAGCUACGUCUGUGUUAAAAACAAGAUUUUCCUAUGCCUUCCCAAAGGAGUUCCCUUACAGAAUGAACCAUGACUGUUGUUUGAUAGUAUACCACCCCUACAGACCCCUGCUGCAGUAUGUGCAGGACAUGGGGCAGGAGGACAUGCUACUGCCAUUGGCCUGGAGAGUAGUGAAUGACACGUAUAGGACAGACCUCUGUUUACUCUACCCUCCCUUCAUGAUCGCACUAGCAUGUCUGCAUGUUGCCUGUGUGGUGCAGCAGAAAGACGCCAGGCAGUGGUUUGCUGAGCUCUCUGUCGACAUGGAGAAGAUCCUGGAGAUCAUCCGAGUCAUCCUGAAGCUGUACGACCAGUGGAAGAAUUUUGACGACAGGAAGGAAAUGGCUGUAGUGCUCAACAAGAUGCCUAAACCCAAGCCGCCUCCCAACAGUGAGAAUGACCAGAGCUCCAGUGGGAACCAGAAUAACUCUUACAUCCAGUCAUAGACAAUGGGAUGUCCGCCUCGGCUCAUGUAUGAUAACUCAUCAGAGAGAUGGCCACAGGAAUGCUGGCAUUAGCCAAUCGGCGGCAGCAGUCCUGUGUUUCCAUCCCUCAACAGUUAAAGGGCGCGUUCCUGUGCCCAGGUGUUGCUAACGCAUGGCAGAUCUUACAACACCUGGAUAGGUAUUUUACGUAUCAGCUAACCACAUGUUAUAGCAAUAUAGUGCCCGACCGGCACAGUUCGCUCGCAACCAUUGGUUGAUGCAUUCAACGUCUGAGCAGGGGAACGCGACCAAAACCUUAUGGACCUAACUGUGAGAAACAGGAGGAUGUAGUAAGGGAGGGGGGGACUACUAUGAGUUGUGAUGAUCCUGACUUCCUUGAACACUCUCGGGGAACAAUCAUAUAAUAUGGAGCUCCGUGGGACCAGAGAACUUGAUCAUUAGUGAUUGUGAUGUGUGAGUGGCCCAUUUGGCAGUGUCUUCAUUCCUCAGGGAGAAUAGUAGUCAUUUUUACUGGUAUCGCUAAGAUGAUUGGACUUUGUACUGUUUGAGAUGCGUUCUGAAAGGAUGUAAGGCUGUUCGAUUGUGUGACCCGAUUGGAUGUCCUGCUAUCUAAGGUCUACAUUGAUUGGUUACAGAGCUUAGCAGGUGAAGUCAUGGGGGAGAAUGGAAUUUAUGGGGGUAUACCCGCUAGAUUCAAGUGUCUUCAUUACCUGUUAUAUCUCCAGCCUUUGUAAAUAGCUUUACUCAUGUCUUUCAUUUCAUCUUUUGUGUUUUGCUUGAUUGGGCAAAUUUGCUUGGGUAGAAAUCAUGAAAUGUAUUUGCUGUCUGCUUCAAGUAAAACUGCUCAAAUGUGUUUACUAUCAUGAUAUAAUUAGCCUGCAACAAAAACGUUUUAUUUUUUAUUCUGCUUUUUUUAUUUGGAGAAUUGUUAGGACCACAUUUUUGGUG